AUGAGUGGUGGAAAAUGGACAGGACUCGUUUAUGGUGGCCGCAAAUGCACGGGAUCGAGGUCGGAAUUUGAGCUCGUCAGGGGCGGGGGCAAGCGGCGAAACAACGGAGACGGGCAGGGAAAUGGCAGAAAAGCAGCGGAGGAGGAUAUUGGGUCGGCAGCGGAGGAGGAUAUUGGGUCGGCAGCGGAGGGAUCGCAGACCAAGCGCCUGACUACUCAGUCAUUGGCAUCAGUUCCUGCACGAGUUGCCCAGGCAGAGAUGGGAUACCCGGGCCAAGAAGUCGGACUGGGGCUAUCUGAGGAGGGGUGCUCCCCGAUUCGACGAGACAACUCUUGGCUCUCAGCGAUAUCGACCACUUAUCAGCAUAAUUUGGAGGAAAGCAAAUGCGGCUCUGAAGUCUCGACUCCAACAGCGUGA